UGCAUCUAGCUGUAUUAGUCUACCAUGCACACAAACAUUAUUUUGCAAUCCGCUCAGGCAAGUUCAGUUUGUAAAGUGUUGUUGACUAAUACGUACGUUUACCAGUUCCAACGGAACCAAUUUUAGGAGUUUUUAAAACAAAUGCAGUGUUGUAAGAACAAUAUAUGCAUCGAUUAUAUCAUAUACUACUGGUUUCCUAUGCCUCAUACAAUUGGGCGUUUGCUGAACCACUUAUCUCCCUUAAGCCAAGACCAUUAUGCAAUUUCGACGAAACGGCCAAUUUAACAAAUGCACAUCGUUUUUCAAACGGAUCGUAUCUUUACGACAAUGUUAUAAUUCCACCUGAACAAGUCACCAUAUAUGAUUAUAUAGAAGUGUUGGGCGGACAAAGGAUACCAUAUCCACCACAUCCCCGUGGCUGCGUAUGCCAAAAUGGUGGUUGCAUUAAAUUCUGUUGCCAUCCGACUAAACAAUAUCUCAACUCCGAGGGUAAAUGUCGUCGCAUCGAACAUGAAAUAUCGAAUAGUUUUUAUGUAAAUGUUACUUCCAAUAAGGGUGGGACGAUGCCGCGCAAUGCUAUUAAUGACUUUAUUAAAUUGAAUGGAAGACCCUGUCAAUAUCCCGAAGCUCUGCUGCCAGAGAUGCACAAAGAGGACGGAUGGCAAAUUUUAGAAAAUGGUAUGCUGACAUUGCCCCAUUAUGGAACAGUUGUAUCCAAAGGAGAAUACUGUCUGACUCUAUUACGGACAACGGACGGCGAAUGGUCAUUGACGGCAAUGGUCUGUCCCGUACCCAAUGUCUUGUCAACAUGGAAACGGGUUUCUAAUUGGGGUGUGGUGUUUUCAACAUUGUGUCUGAUUUUAACUGUGAUAGUUUACCUUGCAAUACCCGAACUGAGAGGGAGCAUCUAUGGUUGGUUUAUAAUAAGCAGUCUGUUGUCAUUGGUCAUUGGCUAUACGGUUUUGGCUAUUAUUUCAUUGUCGGAAUAUACAUUUCCCGAGAUGACAUGCAGUCUUAUUGGUUAUGUGGCUUAUUUCUUUUAUGAGAGUGCCUGCAUUUGGUUAUCCGUGAUUGGCUAUCACUUAUGGCGUUCAAGUGUCCGAAAUAAGGAAACAGCUUCUGUGGAUCUGGUAAAACAUGGUAAAAGAUCCUAUUUCCAAUGCUUUUUAUUUACAUAUCUGUUAAGUUUUGGCUUAACUUUUGCAUUGGUGAUCAUACAAAACUCGAAUAUACCCAAUGACUUUAAGCCGGGAAUUGGUGUUGAAUACUGUUGGUUAGAUGUACACAUCUGGGCGGCGUUGCCUUACUUUUUUGCCCUGAAUGGUGUAAUUUGUGUUUGCGGAAUAAUGUUUACUUACCUGGCGGCCAAAGUUGAAAAGACGGAAAUGGAAAAAUACAAUGAUCUCAAACCAAUUGUUAGUGAAAUCUCCGAUCUAAAUCUAAGCGGUCGUUUUGCAUUUGUACGGGAUAAUCGAAGAAUGAUUUCCAACUACUCCCUGCUGUUGCUUGCAUUUGUUAUAGUCUGGCUUUUAAAUAUAUUAUCGUAUUUGGGUGAAAUGUUGAGUCUAGAUAAUGGCAAUCCUCUUCUCUACACUACAGACAUUGCUAACUUCAUUGAGGGUCCCUUAAUAUUGUUUGUACUUGUGAUACAAACUAAAGUUCUGUUCUGUCCUAGGAGAUAAAAAUAUAUAUACUCAGCCGUUUAUGUUCAUGACCUCACAGAGAGUCAGAGUCAUUUUCAAUGUUAUUUAAUUUUUCUAAGCAGUAUUUUAAGACGAUAUUUUUUUGAUGUUUUCUGAGUUGUGUUCUUCCCUCUCCUUGUUCGUUUUUUCAUCGUCUUUUCGCUGCUUCAAUUUAUUUUCGUUUUCCGUUUCGUUUUCUCUUAUGUUCUAUUGUUCUAUUUGACGAACCACACGUUUCUACUACGUCAAGUACCAAAUUCGCUUUUUCGGAAAGGACAUUCAACACAUCUGUUCAAUAUUGAACAUUUUGUUUUCAUUUCAUUCUUGAAGUAAUGUCACAGAGUCUUGUAAAAGUUUUAUCUUGGCAUUUGACCGAAACUACGAGGUCAUGCCAAUCUUCGUAGCAUAUACGCCUCAUGUUAAUGGAUAUUCAAAACAAUAUUUGAAAAUUUAUCUUUCCUCUAUAUAGUAUCCUGUGUCUCCGAUAUUUAGCUAUAUUCGUUACAGAAAUCACCAUCAAUAUGAAGGUCCAUGAUUUCGUUAAUUUUCGAAAUUUUCAUAUAAAAAUGGAGAUUUAUUUCACCAGCUAAAUAUUAACAGAUAACCAUCCAAAAUGCCAGGCUUCAGCUCUGUCCUAUACUCUGACCUCAAGCUCCAAAUCUAUUGAUCCUUAGUUGAGAACUGUAGAGCCACGAAUUCCAAAUCUAGACAAUUUUUAGAUUUUUUAAAUAUUUUGAGACCAUCUGCCAUAACACCUGCCAAAAAAAUGGCAGGUGUACAAAAUACUUUGUACAUACUUUUGAUACAUACAAUAGCAAUAAACAAUAAAUAUUCUAAAAUUAAAUAUUUCCCAGCCGCCAUAAAAUAUCACAUGUGAAGUAUUCAGUGAUCUUGUGCGCUGACGCAUACGAUAAUCUGUGAGAUAAUAAAGGUUAUGUCCAUUCAAUGUAGCCCUGCAAUGUUCUCCAUUCAAUAUUAGAAUAGAUAAGAACAAUUGUGUGGCUGCGACUAGGUUAAGUUAGAUUAGUUUCAGUAGUACGUAAGGAAUAUAUUUAGAAAUAAAAUCAGAAUUGAAUCAACAGCCAAACCUUUCGGUUGGUUUUCUUUUCUCACUCAGCAGGGUACCACGCUGCCUAAUGCUAGACAAGGUUGCUAGCAAAAGUGAUUCAUUCGAUAUCACGCCGGUAGCAAAGACGUUUGAGGCAUUGUUCCACCCCAGCGUAAUAGAGUGUUUCUCAGAAGCUGCUGAUCAUCAACAGGGAUCCCGCAAAUUGCAUAGCACAAAAACAGCUUUACACGUUGGAUCGUCAAUUACAUGUGUGGGCGCUAGUUGUACGAGGAAUUCCGAAACUAGAAGUCGAAUAUUCGUAGAGUGAAACAGUGAAUUCCCCAAUGAGAGUUUAUAUCUUUGAAACUAUUUAACUUCCUACUUUCUGGCAUUGAGUUAAUAACGAACGCAGUUGACGAUAUCUGCGACGGCUACAUAUUUCACAACAUGGACAGCAGAGAUGAGGCUUUUACUGAAAUUACAGGUCGAUGGUGUUGUAAUUCCGUCCACCAAUUACUCUAAGGUUUAUGGUUUUAUUGAGCCUUUUUAAACAAUAUAAUGAUAUAAACAGACUUUCAAUCAUUUUAUGUAAGACCUAUGAUUAUAAAGCAUGUUCAAAAUUUACAAUAAAUGUUUGCAGUAUCAAGCUUUUGCUUUAAAGAAAAAUAA